AUUUCGAAAAAGCUAUCUUUUCAUCGAAAAAUUUUGAAAUAAAGUCUUUACGAAAAAAAUUACUUAAAAAAAUAUUUACUAAAUAAAUAAAAUAUUUACAAGCGAAAUAUAUUCGAUAUAAAAUUUAAUUAAAAUCUUCCAUCACAAAUUUCACCGUCAAACGCGUCUAGUGUAAGUUUGUACCCGUUUUUAAUUAUCUGCCUCUAAAUUACCAAGUGAAAGCAAAUAAGUAUUAUUUGUGUAUUGAAUUUGUGUGAAAUGCUGAAAAUGAAGUGUCUGCUAAAUGCGAAAAUCAAUAACACGAUCAGCAUAUUAUUGCUAAUGUUGUUAAUUGCGUUAAAUUCGCGUUGUGUCGAUUCGAGCUGAAUUGUGCUAAAUAAUUGUGUUGUCCCCAACAGUUAUAGAUUAACACAUUCAAUUGUUGUUUUUGUAAUAACGCAACUACGAGAUUACCAAAUAUUUUGGAUACUUUUUAUAUGUCUAAGUGGACGCAGCAAGUACUUGCAGGGGAGCUUAUAAAGUGCAGUAAGAUUGCAACAUUAACAAAGAAAAUAUUGCAAAAAACCAAAAGCAACAACAACAAUCAAGUGAUUGCAAGCAUAAAACAAAGCAGAGGAGUGUGUACAAUUAAAUUAUGUGAAAAAAUUUGCAAUGACAUACAUACAAACACACACACACACCUACAUGAUAAUGUACAAGCAAUGUAAGAUGAACGCCAGUGACUAAAACGUGUUGUCAAAUUGCAUGCAACUUGUUGUAAGCGACACCGCAGCGGCUUGAAUUACAUGAACAAAGCAACGUUGCCAAACAACAACAACAACAAUAAUAGUAACAGCAACAAUCGAGUAGCAGCAAACAGCCACAAAGGUGCCGAAAAUUCUAGAACAAAUGACAAUAGCAACAACAAGAACAACAACACCAACUAAGCAGUAACUGUAAAAGCGAAUAGUAGAACUAAAUUCAGUGUCAUCGUCAGCAAUUGUCGCGUUUGCGUCACAAGCCAACGGAUAGCUAGCAAGCAAAAACAACAACAACAACAAAAUAUAGGAAAAGCAGCAUUGACCAAUAGCCAGCCAAUGGGCCAAAGCCGCCAUUUGAGCUGCAAUCAACACCAGCACACAGCAAACACAUAUUUUCUGCAAACAAAAACAACAGCAACAACAGCGAUUGCAUAGUAGAGUUGCCACAAAGCGCACAAUAAGUAGUGCAUAGAACUCUUUGCAUUCUGCUCCCGCUCCAACCAACUGUCGCUGUCUCACUCGCUCACACACGCACUCUCUCUGUCUCUCUCCUCCGUUCUACAAAUUGAUUGAACAGUCUAAAUGUUGUUGCCGUCACCAGCGUUAACAGCACAUUUGCCAAGAGUUGAGCGUUUAGUGCCAGAAACGUCAGCGACGCCGGCGGCACUGUCAGACAGCAGCGCAGCCAACAGCAGAUUGUGCAAAACCAUUGCGGCGACAGCCGAAGAAGUUGCAGUUGAAAAAGUGCUGUUUUUGCGACAAGUCCGGAUUGAUCAAUUCCAAUACGCAUACCAACAACAGCAAGAAUUAAAGCGGCAGCAACAUCGGCGGCAAUCGACACAUAAAUCUCAUUAUCGCUAUUUCAUUAGUUCCCGCAAUUCCGACGCAUUGUGUGCAAUUAAUCGAGGCAACGCAACCUAAGCGACAACUUUGGGUAGCAAAGAAAGUUAAAAGAGUUGAAAGCGACCAUGCGCGCAUGGCUUCUACUCCUCGCAGUGCUGGCGACUUUUCAACCGAUCGUUCAAGUUGCUAGCACCGAGGAUAUUACUUCGAGUUUCAUACAGGCGAUAUCUCCAUCAACAAUAGAGGAACAACAAAACCAACAACAGCAACUGCAGCAAGACUUAUUUGAAUUGGAGAAGCGUCGCGACACGCGUACAAUAUACAACAAUAAUAAUAAAAACAAUAACAAUAAUACGCAACAAUUAGUGACGGCAAGUAGACAAUUAACGGCAAUAAGCCCAGUUAUCGAUAUAACAGCGUUAUCAGUGAGAAAAACAAGAACACAAACAAAAACAACAAAAGCUAAAACAGCGAUCGCUGCGAUCUUCAGCUACAAUCGGCGCAGUGAUAGUGAUAAUUAUAUAAAUAACGGUAAUAAUUUAAAUCAAUUUAGUGCAAAGGAUAAUAAAGCAAACGGAAGUGGUGAAGCAAGCAGUGACGCAACAAAAGCAAUUGUUGCAGUGAAAAAGAAGAGCAACAAAAUCAAUAAACAAAUUACAAAAAAUCAAAAACACAACGAAGUGAACGAUAAGCAAAAUAAUUUAAUAGAAAUUACGGAAAGCAAAAACAACAAGAACGCAGUGCAAGUGCAACAAUUAGCAAAUAGUAGCGAUAAAACAAAAAGCGAACAAGCAACAACAACAAAGAGUACUAAAAAGCUUAAAGCAACAGCAAGUGCAGUGUUAAGUGAACAAGUGGAAGUAGAAGCAGAAGAAGAAGAAGCGAAAAGCGAAAUUAAAACUCACAAUAAAAUGGCUAUACAGGAGCAUACAUUAGCGACAGCGCAGGAGCACAGCAAGCGGCAUAGAAAUCAUAAGCAACAACAACAACACAGACAUCAGCAUAAGCAGCAAUAUAUGCAACAGCAACAACAAGAUAUGCAGCAACAACACAGAGCUGCAGCCGCAAAUGCGGAACAACACAGAGCGACGGGCGCGAGCGAGCGUUUAGCGACGGCGGAACGCUUGGCCGCAAAUGAAGCAAGCGCCACAGCCACUACGACGCAUCUAGAAGCCGCUGAAAAACUAGCGCAAGAUGCCAGCCUCGCCGCUAACACACCUGCUACAAGGACAAAUGCUUCCAGUGAUGCAUUCAGAGCGUCGGAUGGCGACAUUGCUGACGAUAGCGAGAAUGACGAAGGCGAAAGCGAUGUCACAGAACCCGCCACAUACAGUAAUAAGGAGAUUAUCGGUGAUAAAUUGAAACCCGAUCCCUCGACGCUAGUCCAAAUCGAGAAUAGCCUGUUGUCGCUAUUCAAUAUGAAGAGGCCACCAAAAAUUGAUCGUUCCAAAAUUAUCAUACCCGAAGCGAUGAAACAAUUGUACGCGCAAAUUAUGGGUCACGAAUUGGAUAUGGAGACUAUACGUAGACCGAGUAUGCUGUCACGAUCGGCGAAUACAGUACGAAGUUUUACACAUAUAGAAAGUAAAAUUGACGAUCGAUUUCCGCAUCAUCAUCGGUUUCGCUUGUACUUCAACGUGAAGAGCAUACCCACCGAGGAGAAGCUGAGAGCUGCCGAUUUGCAGCUAUCACGUGAAGCCAUCAGCGAUGCAGUGCUUAGCGAGCGUCUCGCGAAUCGAACAAGUUAUCAAGUGCUCGUCUACGACAUCACACGAGUGGGUGUGCGUGGCAAGCGCGAGCCCAGCUAUAAGCUGUUGGACAACAAAUUGGUGCAUUUGAAUAGCACCCAAACAGUGAGUCUCGACGUGCAGCGAGCGGUGAAUCGGUGGUUGGCAACACCGAAAAAGAAUUACGGUCUGUUGAUUGAAGUGCGAACGCUGCGUACGCUCAAACCUGCGCCACAUCAACAUGUACGACUGCGACGUAGCGUCGACGAGCCACACGAUAGUUGGCAACACAAACAACCAGUGCUCUAUGCCUACACCGACGAUGGCAAACAUCGUAUGCGUUCGGCGCGCGAUGCAACCAGCAGUUCGUCGCGUUCGAAGCGCGCCGGUCAUCAUCGACGGGCGCAUCGUAGGAAAAAUAGUGAUGAAAUAUGUCGACGACAUUCGUUGUAUGUGGAUUUUGCGGAUGUCGGCUGGAGUGAUUGGAUUGUGGCGCCGCCGGGCUAUGAUGCAUUCUACUGUCAGGGAAAAUGUCCGUUUCCGCUAGCCGAACAUUUGAAUUCGACAAAUCAUGCGGUCGUGCAAACCUUAGUCAAUAAUCUCAAUCCGGGAAAGGUACCAAAGGCCUGCUGUGUGCCAACACAGUUGGAGGGCAUAUCGAUGCUCUAUCUGAAUGAUCAGAAUACCGUUGUGCUGAAGAACUAUCAGGACAUGACGGUGGUCGGCUGUGGGUGUCGGUAAUAAGGCGCUAAUGUGGAAGCAAUAGCAAGAAAAUAAGUUAAAAACAGCAAUAACAGUAAAAAAUACAAUGCUCGUAACGACGAAGGCAACAGAAAAGCAACCAGACGAAUAACUGUUGAUAUUCGCAAGAACGAAAUCAAAACAAAUGCAAAAUAAACCAGAAGCCAAACCAAUGUCGUCGAUGGCGUAUUACGAAUACAUCGACCAAAAAUGAUGUGUCCGAACGACCAGUGUAUGUGUGUGGGUGCGUGUUCUUGCAUGGGUCAAGUCAUGCUCCGACUGAUAGUUAAAGAGAGAACGAGAUAACACAUUCGUGUAUGCGAAUUGGUGAACGUCAAUUCGUCAAUAAAGCGGGAACGAGUGCGUAAAAGAGAGCAAAACUAAUUAACGAUUAGCCGCUAUGCCUUUGCCAAAGGACGAAAGGUCAGAGUUCACUCAGCGUACAGAACUUCUCUUUCUCCCUCUCACACACACACACACAAACCAAGUGCACACGAGCACACGCAUCGGGAGCGCAGACGCGAGAGCAUUAAAUGCUGGGUUUCAAGCCGCUUCACGCUUUAAUAAGUUUAAAUUUUAUUAAACGAAAUGCAAACAAAAUGGACUGAAUAUAUGAAUUUUAAGUAUACAUUUUAGACUUUAUUUCCUAAAAUAGAGCAAGUUAAUAAGUGAAACAUUAGCAAAGCAUAGCGCAAGGCUGGAGGAGUUAACAGACAGUUGCACACGCUCUAAAUAAAAGCAAGAUCAAAACGACUGUCACAAUUGACAGCCAGGCUGCCAAGACGUUCGACAGUCGUUGAGAGAGAGAGCGCGCACUUACCACCGCAGAGUAGCAGACACUUCGUGAUCGCGCAAGUAGCCCGGCAGAGACAGCGCUCGUGAAAGUCAAAAGAAAUUUAAGAAAAUAUCGCAAGGCAGCGAACGAAGGCGUUAGAAAAUGAGCGCACGCCCUUAUAUACUCAAAUAUAUAAUAUAUGCAUGUAAAUAUAUGGAGUAGUAUAUGCUAUGCUUGCAACGCCGCCACCACCGUUCAACCUACGAAGCAUCACCGCCGCCACCGCCGCCGCACAACUGCUGAUGUUUCUACGGCGCUGCUGAGCAUAUUAAUACAGCCGCGUACUACGCAACAUAGCGCGUUGCCAACUAUUGUGUGUCAUGAUAGAGUGAAUGUCUAAAACAAACUCUGCGCAGACGCAACUGAGCUAGCUAGCUGAGGUGUAAAAAACCAUUUGUACAGUAGUGUUAGGAAAAAAAUAUUUUUAUUAUUAAUUUUAAAUAAAUUAAUUAAAAUUAAUAAAUGUCUUGUUAAUAGUUUUUAUUUUUAAUAAUGUACCAUGUAAUAUGUGUAAAGCGCAAAAAAUAGCAUUUGUUUUUAUAUUUUUAUAAUUAAAUUUUUCAUUUUCGUUUAUUUUUUUACAAUCGAAUUGUGUCAUUCGUAGUCACUGUAGCUGAUUUACAGUUGAGUAAGCGAGUCAGAAGAAAAGAUGUGAAUAAAUUAUUCAAAUUGAUAUUGGGAAAAA